AUGCGACAGGCAACUACGCCCGCUACUGCUGUUGGUAAGACGCUGAAAAAAGCUGAGAAAAAAACCUCAGCAAGGUCAAAACAUGUCAAACCCAGCCAUCCCCCAACUUCCGAUAUGGUUAAUCGUGCCAUCAAAGGAUUGAAAGAAAGGAGCGGAUCCUCGUUGCAUGCUAUCAAGAAAUACAUCGAAAAGACCGCUGUACAGUCCGGUUCCUUGAUUCAGACCAAAGGAAAAGAAGCGUCUGGCUCUUUCAAAUUGGCCGCUGGCGGUUCUACAACAAACGCGUCGAAGAAAUUUGCGAAAAAAUUGGUCAAGUCGGCCGAUGGAGCAAAUAAGAAUGCAUCACCUACAAUGGCAGCCGACAAGAAGAACACAUCACCUGCCAGGUCUACAUCUAUCUAG